AAGGGAAGGAAAAGAUAAAGGGAAAGAGAGAGAGAGGGUGUUGGGUAAGUUUUUAAAGAGCCUUAAAAAAUAACCCCGCCUCUUGCUUGCGCGCCCAGCUCCUGCCAGCUUUGGACAGCCCUCUGCACAGGCUCAGAGACGCUCUUUCCACCCAGCCACACAUGGGCAGUCCUUGGCUCGACCUCCCGCCCCCGUUCCCCGCCCCGAGCCGAGAAGGGCCGCCAGAACCGGGCUGGACGAGUAAAGGAAGGGACGGGAAGGGACGGGAAGGGCGAGCGUCCCAGCAAGGGCGAUGAGCGACUCUGCCGAGGCUGGCGACUAUGUCUCCCGUCGGGAGAUCCCGCAGCUCUUCGAGAGCAUGUUGACAGGCCUAAUGUAUCACCGGCCUGAAGAUCCCAUCGGUUACCUUGAAGGAUGCUUGAAGAAGGUCCGGGCGAUGGGGAGUUUGGAGAAGCUCCAAUGGGACACGUUCCUCAGCCAAGAAGACCUUCAACCUACCGCUGGGGGCUUGAACAAGAAUGCCAUCUUCCAGCCAGGGCCUGUCUCGGCUCCGUUCAGUUCCCGCCAGGACGGAUCUUCGGUGCAGAGCCAGUUCUCCAUCGAGAGCGAUUCCGAUAUGACCGAAUCCACAGGGUUGAUCCAAGACUACGACGCCUUUGAGCCCGGACGGCCCCGCCCUAAGAUCGUUUUCGUGAUGGGGGGUCCCGGGAGUGGGAAGGGGACGCAAAGCCAGAGAAUGGCCUCCCACUUUGGCUUCGUCUGCGUCUCCGUCGGAGAAAUUCUGCGCGCUCAGAUGCUCCGUCGGGCCACCAGUGAGAAGAAGUGGGAGCUGAUUGCCAAGAUCAUGGCUGACGGAGAGUUAGCCCCGUCGGAGACCACCAUUGAAGAGUUGAAGCAGCAGUUCAUCAAGCAUCCAGAUGCCAAAGGUUUUGUGGUGGAUGGAUUCCCACGAGACAUUGGCCAGGCCUUCUUGUUUGAGGAGCAGGUUGGUUCUCCAGAUGUUGUGGUGUUCCUAGCUUGCUCAAGUCAACAGAUGCGGCGACGACUAAAAGAACGGGCUCAGGAACGAGGCCUCUUGGAUGACAACCCCCAUGGAGUUGAACGUAGGCUGGAGACCUUCAAGAAGAAUGUUCAGCUGAUUGGGAAGUACUACCAGGAGAAAGGAGUUUUGGUCCGGUUCGAUGCAGACAGAGAAGAAGAUGAAAUAUUUGCUGCCAUCACAUCCUGCAUUCAGCAACAGCUGAAGCCAGAGAGAAAAAGAAUUCUGGAUUUGACACUGCACAGUUUCUUCAGCCCGUGCCAAGGCUCUCCAAAGGAAGAGGAGAGAAAGGAGCAGACAGAGGAGAUUGACACCUCAGAAUCCGUGGGAAUGGCGGCAG